AUUGCCAAUUCCAUACUUUCAUUCCCAAUUUCCAUUCCUUCCCAUAAGUAAACACACGUUACUUUACUUGGGUAUUCAAUGCAGUAGUACUAGCUUCGACCGGACGGUAUCGAAAGGCUUUCUUCUUUUUUUUCCUGAGAGUUUUGGAUUAUCAUAUCUAUAAUUAAAUUCUCUUUCUCCUCUUCCCCAGACUUCCAUGCCCUAAUCCCCUCUUUCUGGGUAUCUUUCCCUAUUUCUCAGUUGUUCAAAAUCCAAAAUCCCUAUUCACCAUAUCCAAAGUCCCUCUCUCUUUCGGUGAUCUCGGGUCUCGGCCGUCUCAGCUCAUCAUCAUUUGUCAGGUACACCGCAGUCCGUCCUUUCUUUUUCAGCCCUCUCUCCACGCCAUUUUCAACCUCUCCCAUGGAGGUUGGUCAAAAGUAAGCGUGGCUCUUUGAAGCUCUCCCAUGGAGCUUGUGGAAACUGGGUCUGCAAAACUUUGAGAAACUCUCGAUUGUCUGGUAAAAUUCCAUAAAGAAAUUGGCAGAUUGAUUGAGUUGCAACAAUUGUUACCUGGUAAUAACUCAAGAAAGACGCAGAUCUUCUAUGGUUGACGGCAGUCAUCGAUUCCUCCUCGAGAUUCACUGCUUGUGUCUGCCUCUACUGUAGUUGUCAAAUUUGCCUUUUUCUUCCCUCUUUCAAAUUCCAAGCAACCAAACAGGUAAAAGAAAAAUGCUUCAACACCAAAUUGUGCAAUCCCCUGCCAGGCUUGGCCUUACGAACCCUAAUUCGCCCUCUCUUCCCAAUCCUACUCCCCCAAAAAUACCUCCAUCCCAGCAUCUGCCCUCAAAUUCCUCGGCCACCCCAUCCACCUCUUCAACCCUCCUCUCUCUCCUUCCUCCACUCCCUAGAGCGCAGUCCCUUCUCAUCCAAAUGGCCUCUCUUGCCUCUAAACUAUUUGAAGUUUCUCCAAAUCGUUCCCUUUGGCUCACUGCAUUUCGUGGCACCCUCCCUACCUUCCUUUCUUCCCAGUCCCAGCCUCAAUCCUCCUCACCUUCCAACUCUCUCGAUUCUUUGCCUUCUUCCACUAAAGAAAUCCUUGCUCUGUUCACUGCUUACCAGACCCAACUCUUUGAGGCCGUUGCUCAGCUCCAAGAGAUUCUUGAUCUCCAAGAUGCUAAGAACAAAGUUGCACGAGAAAUUCAAUUUAAGGACUCUAUGCUACUUUCCUUUGCUAAUAAAGUGAAAGAGGCUGAGCGUGUUCUUGACAUUCUUGUUGACGAUUACUCUGAUUAUCGCCGUCCCAAGAGAUCGAAAUUGGAUGAUGACACUUUAGAUGAGGAAGAAGAAGAUGAUGAUGAUUCUUCUCAUGCGACCACCAAUACCACUGUUGCAUCACAGUUGAAUUUAUCAGAUAUCUUGUCCUAUGCUCAUCGAAUAAGCUAUACAACGUUUGCGCCACCUGAAUUCGGCGCUGGCCAAGGAAACCUUUCUGGUGCGUUACCACCAGCGCCCCAGGAAGGUCAAAUGCGAGCCUCUCAACUAUACAAUUUUGCAUCUUUGGAUGUUGGUUUACCUAAGAUGGUAGAGAGCGAGGAGAGGGCUUUCGAGCCAAUGAUUGAGCCUGCAGUUCCGCUGCCAGCAGAGCCCAACCCACUUUCCAAUUUGGCUGCAAUUCAAGGUCUGCUUCAUCCAAACAUCACUGUUCCAUCAGGUUGGAAACCAGGAAUGCCUGUGGAACUGCCAAGUGAGUUGCCCUUGCCUCCACCUGGAUGGAAGCCUGGAGACCCGGUGCCUUUGCCCUCAUUGCCGUCCCUUCCUGUUCCUAGAGCUGGGGAGCAACGAUUCCGUCCUAAGCAACCCGAACCAAUACAAGUUCGUCAUGUUCAGCUCGAUAUCAUUGACCAAGAUGAUGACAGUAGUGAUUAUAGCAGUGAUGAUGGAAGCUCCGACGAUGAUGAUUAGAACUCUAAUAGGCCUUAACAGUGGAUGUCUCAGGAUAGAAAUGCAAUAAGCGAGAGAAGAAUUGCCAUAUGCUCACCCGGAUAAUUGAUGCAAUUUACAUAUCUGAUUUAUUAUCCAAGAAAGUAGCAGCUACCACUGGCCUUAUUCGGAUUGGUGGUUCAUGGCUAAUUUUCCAUCUCAUUGACCAAGAUUGCAUGAAGUUCCCGUGAAAAUCCGAAUUUGUUGGCAUUGGUUCAAGGCAGAUUUUGAGUAAGAAAUUUGUUUGGCUUAGUGGCAGACUGUGUAAAGUGCAGGAGCUCUCUGUUUUUGGCUUCUGAAAAUUUGUUCAUUGGGAUUUGAAAUUUCUGUAGCAAUAACAAUAUGAGGUCAAAUGUUAAGGCUUGCCCUUCUUGAUUUCUUUUCUCAA